AUGGGUUCCACAGAGUCAGGCACAGAUCAAACCCUCUUCAAUACAAGCACCCCAAAUCUCUUCAGCCUACACGAUAGAACAAUCAUAGGCAAGUUUUGUCCAACCCUCAUCUAUGUUCACUCCAAUAACGAAGAAAAUAAAUCAUCAGUUACCGGUGCCACUGGCGGUCUCGGCUCGCAACUCACCAGAGCCAUCCUCGAGUCCGGCGGCGAUGUCAUAGCCAUCGAUUACGGCAACAUCCCGCCAACCACCAUAUGGGAACCCCUCCAAUCUCUCGCAAAAUCCCUCUCCCGCACUCUCACCUACCAUCCCUGCGACAUCUGUUCCCCAACUCUCACCGCCAGCGUCUUCGAAGCCGCCGCAGCUCAAGCCCGAUACCCUGUCCGCGGUCUAGUCAACUGUGCCGGUAUUGGAACCGUGGGCGAUUCCAUCGACUAUCCCGAGGAUCAGACGAGACGUACGCUGGAUGUCAAUCUUGCGGGCAGUUUGUAUGUUGCACAGGCGGCAGCAAAGGUUGUGAUGAAACAGCAUCAUGAGGGAAAGAGUUUAGGAGCGAGCUUUGUGUUUGUGGCGAGCAUGAGCGGGUACAUUACCAACAAGGCCACUCCCACAGCAAUCUAUUCCGCCUCCAAAGCCGGCGUCCACCAACUCGUCCGCUCCCUCGCCGGCGAAUGGGGUUCUCCAUCUCCAACUUCAUCUUCCAACCCAAUCAUCCGCGUCAACUCCAUCAGUCCCGGCGUCAUCCAAACACCCAUGACGCAGCACGUGCUUGCCCGACAAGACUGGACCUCGGUAUGGCAGCAGGAAGCAAUGCUCAAGCGAAUUUCCAGCCCUGACGAGUACCGCGGCGCCGUCGUCUUUCUGCUGGCGGACGCGAGUUCGUAUGUUACGGGCGCGGAUUUGCGAGUUGACGGGGGAUCGACGGCGUGGUGA